AUUUGUCAACCGGGUCCACCUCGAGAAACGUAUAAGAAGCGAGUCUGAUCACUCCCCAUCCUCCUCUUCGUCUUAUGAUCUUGUCUCGUCAUCUUUUUCGAGCCACUUGCCAGACUACCACUUGUUUCUCUCGAACAACUUCACCCCACUUCUCUGUACUUCAGACCGCCUCCUACAGUCAACUUCGUCUUCCGUCUCGCACGAUGUCUACCGUCACUCAAAAGAUCACUGACUGGGCGGAUAAGAAGGAUGGGUCUUUUAAACGUCAAACGAGUACAUUCCGGGAUGUCAUCGGACCUGAUUCUCAUUUCUUGCCUGAGAAAGGUCGGUAUCAUCUGUAUGUCAGUUACGCAUGUCCCUGGGCACAUCGUACCCUUAUCGUCCGGGCUCUCAAAGGUUUAGAAGAGUAUAUCGAUGUCUCGGUAGUCCACCCUCAUAUGUUAGAAGGCGGUUGGCAUUUCGUCAAACCUUCCGACUUCACUUCCAACCCCGCACCUGUAUCAGCCCACAAUUUCGAUUCUUUCCCAGGGGCUACGUCUGACCAGUUGAACGGAUUUCAUUAUCUCUCCGAGAUUUACUAUGUUGCAUCACCCGAAUACAAAGCUCGAUUCACCGUGCCAGUGGUGUGGGAUACGAAAGAGAAGACGAUUGUGAAUAACGAAUCUUCCGAGGUUAUUCGAUUCUUCAACACGGGGUUUAACCAGUCACUCUCAGGUAAAGAGAAAGAAUUGGAUUUGUACCCUGAAGAAUUACGUGGGGAGAUUGAUGAACUCAACGAAUGGGUUUAUAACGAUGUCAAUAACGGAGUGUACAAAUGUGGGUUUGCAGCUACACAAGAAGCAUAUGAGAAGGCUUUGGUACCACUUCGAGAUGCCUUGGAAAGGUUGGACAAGCUGUUUAGUGAUGGAAGGGAGUUUCUUAUCGGAGGAAGGUUGACAGAGGCGGACGUGAGACUGUACACUACUAUCGUUCGUUACGAUCCAGUUUAUCACGGCCACUUUAAAUGCAAUUGGGGGUCGAUCCGACACGACUAUCCUCAUAUCAACCGUUGGCUCAAGAACCUAUAUUGGAAUUAUCCGGCCUUCAAAGAUACUACAGACUUUGACCAUAUCAAAGAGCACUACUAUUAUUCCCACGCUCAUAUUAACCCAACCCGCAUUGUGCCCCUUGGACCCAGGGUUGAUAUCGAACCUUUGUAAAGUGGUGUGGAGCCCAACAAGCGGAAUGAUGAUGUCACGAUUUAGAAGUCAUG